AUAUGUGCUAUUUCCUUUCAGGAUGCCGGAAAACGAUGUUAUAAAGUAACAAAUGGGAUCUCAAAUGAAAAGUUAAUCUCCACUGUACCACGAUACAUUGAUUAUCUAAUGCAGGCUAACAAAAAUAUAGAGGAUUCUUAUCAGAGUGUUGCUAGGAAUGUGAAGAAAAGGUCGAGGAGUUGCCUCCAGGAAGUUGAAAAAUGUACCGGGCCUUUAAGAAAGAAGACGGCUGUUGAGAAAGAAGGUUUUCGUCACGGUGUCUUUGGAUGUAACCCAAUGUUGGAAAAGGUAGAUGCUGUUCCUCCAUCACAAACAUUGCUUGGCGAAAGAAAUAGACGUAACUCCUUAAUCAACAUAGACAGAGGAAUCUUUGAAGCAAUUCAAGUGGUUCAAAGGGAAAAUGCUGACAGUGAACAUUAUCUUCGACUCAUGCAAGAACGUACUGAUGCUGAGAGUGUCUCGUCCUCUGUUGGUAGCUGUGGUGCUAACAAAAGCCCUUAUAGGUCAACGGGCCAUCAUUUUAAUGACAGUGGUCAAUAUAUGGAAUCUCAUAAUGAUUUCUUGCAAGCUUCUGCUGCUUUAGGAAGAGAAGCAUCUUUCCCAACAAAGGAAGCAUUGCACCAAGCUAUCCAUAGCCUUGAGUUACAUGCCUAUCGUAGUACAAUGGCAGCAUUUUUUGCUUCUGGGCCCAUCAACUGGGAACAAGAAGCAUUGCUGACAAAUCUUCGCCAAAUGCUCCACAUUUCAAUAGAUGAACAUUUAAUGGAGCUAAAAAAUCUAGCUAAUCUCGACAAAUAG